AUGAAUGGAUCAUCCGUCACAUUUACUUUCACAGCCUAUGAAGAGAUUGGCCCAACCAAAGAUAUGUUAUUUGUCAUCAUAUUUUUAAUUUAUCUGGCCUCUGUGCUUGCCAACAUGUCUCUUAUGGUUUUGAUUUACUUGGAUGCAUCACUCCAUAAACCAAUGUACAUAUUUUUGUUUAGCUUAAUAUUUAAUGGCUUGAUUGGUAGCACGGCUGUUUGGCCAAAAGUCAUGGGUCAUCUUGUGACUGAUGUUCACUCAGCCUCAUACGAAGCCUGUCUUACUCAGACUUUUUUUGUCUUUAUCUAUGGAAGCUGUACCUACGCCAUGUUAACAGUCAUGGCGUAUGACAGAUAUGUGUCCAUUUUCCAGCCAUUGCUUUACCAUACUAUAAUGACCCCACAAAAGGUGAGGGUGCUUUUGGUUGUGGGUAACUUUCUGCCUGCCGCUGUUGUGUUUGGUCAGAUAUGCCUAACAUCAGGAAUACCCUUGUGUCGGUAUUCCAUUCACAAAAUAUUCUGUGAUAAUUUAUCUGUCUCUAAUCUGGGAUGUAGCCUGAGCACUUACGCUCUAGUGACCAAUCUCUACGGUGCAUGCUCACUUGUGUUCCUAAUUGUGCUUCCCAUAUUACUGAUCCUACUGUCAUAUUUAAAAAUCAUUGUGCUAAGCUCAAAGGUAUCAGCAGAUGCUCGAAAAAAAGCCUUUGCCACAUGUACUCCACAUUUACUAAUUUUCCUAAAUUUUUCUGUGUCUUUGUUGUUUUCUGUAAUUUAUAAUCGCAUCACACACUAUGUACCAAUAGAAGUAAAUAUAUUUUUAUCAUCCCAUUAUAUUCUUAUACCUCCGCUUAUUCAUCCCAUUAUAUACGGGCUGAAAAACCAAGAGAUCAAAAAAAGCCUUUCAAAAGUGCUAAGGUCUUGUUCUGUGGCCACUGGUUUUCUGACACAGCCUAAGAAAUCACCUGUUUUUGCUUUUUCAUACUGA